AUGGAUGCAGAUAUAUUAAGAACGAUAUUAAAAAGUUACACUGAUGCUGACAAUUUUGUUCAAUCUGAGGAUUACAAGAAUAUGUCAAAGAAAACUUUGCUUUGCAUACAGUCUGAUGCAGCAUUGAAUACUUUGUGUGCAUCAUUGAGCAACCUUUUGUGUUAUAAAAUAUCCAAAGAAGCGUAUCAACGAUAUUCAGUUCGAUUGUUAAUAGUUGAUGUUUUACGGAAUUGGUGCAGAAUGACAGACAAUUUUAAACAUUUGAAGAUAUUUACAUCUAAGGAAAAUAGUUUCAAAUUCACAAGUAUUCUUUUAGAGAAGUAUCUUACAGAUGAUGUUUUAAAUAUGUGCUAUUCAGAGGAUACUUUGAUAUGUUUAACUAUUUCUGUGAUACACCUGUCAGUUAAGAAUACAAUUUUUAUGCGUCAUGUGGAUCGGUUACUUCUAAGACUUUCACAACUUGAAGCAAAUUAUAAAAUUGAAAAUAUAUUAUAUAAUGCUUUAUGCUCAAAUUUACAUCUUAAACUAACCACGAAAGAAGAAAUAUAUGCUUUACAAAAGUUUAAAUUAAUAGAAGAACCUUUGCUUAAUAGUUUUGUAUGCAUGUUUUCUAAUAUGAAGAAAGAAGUGAAUAACCAAAAUAAUGAAGAACUGCUAAAUAAAUUAUUAGAACUUAGUGCCAGGUCUGCAUAUGUUUUUCAAUUAAUGUUCAAUUUUUUAAAAGAAUUAUUAGUUCAGCUGCAAUAUGCAUCUGCAGUCCUAGAUUUCAUAAAUUUGAUGUUAAAGCGGAUAUCUAUUUAUUGUACAAAUCACGAUAAAGAUAUAUUGGAUCUCUAUCCCAGAAAAUUGCGUUCUUGUAUAAUUUUAUUAAGAAUAAAGCCUGAGUAUCAUACAGUGCAGACACAAAAAUAUACAUUACAGACUAUGAAAGAACUUUACAAUGAAAAUAAAAACGUUCCAUUAAUUUUAAUAUCUCAUUUUCUUGAGUGGCUUGAAUGUUUUGCAACUUAUGUCGCUAAUAAUAUAAAACAUUGA